GUUUCCUUUACUUAAGUUUCCUCGCUUGCCCAAUAAAUAUUUUUAUUUAAUAUAUAUAUAUAUAUAUAUGGUUAUAGACGGGAUUGGAGGCAAAGACAGGACACCUCUCUCGCCAUUCUCCGGUUUCCCAGCAAAAUCUCUGGUCAGAGUAGAAGCUCAACUCAUAUUGCACAUGCACCUCCUAAAGAGAUCAUCUGGGUGGAAAUUCAGCUAUAGGUGUUGAAUUUUAAUGAGUGUCUCCGGACAUUACCAUCUAAAUUUUCUCAUUCUUACUUCCCUUUGCUUUUGAGUGAAUAAGAAAUUGUAUGUGUGUUUAGUUGUGGAUGGAUAGUGAAGUCGGUCAACAGCAUAAGCAAGAACGUUCAAGAACAAGGUGGACAGCAUCACUGGAUAAGGUAUUUGCAGACCUGGUGAUCAAGCAGAUUCAACUGGGGAACAGACCAAAUAAUGUUUUUGAUAAGAAGACUUGGAAUCAUAUUCGUGAUGAGUUCAACAGGCAAACAGAACUCAACUUCAAUAACAACCAAUUGAGAAAGCACCUAGAUGUCCUUCGGGCACGUUACUACAAUCUGAAGUCUGCUUAUAAUCAAAAUGACUUUGCCAUUGAGGACUCUUGUUGCAUUGGAUUUGACCUAUGGGAAGACAUUGCGGCACAGCCCAGGCCAGACACCAUUAAAGUAAAGGACUGCCCAAUAUAUGACCAGCUGUGUGCAAUAUUCACUGAUACAUCAGCAGAUGGGAAAUAUGCCCAAUCAAGUCACUUUGAAGGAAUUGACAAAUCUUUUAGGGAUAAUAACGUUGUCUUAAAUUCAAUCCCAGAGGCUGAAACUGAACAUCACAAGAAUCCAUCAUCUUCAAGGUUGAUACAAGGAAAUACGUUGUCACCAGAGAAGGUGAAGAAGAAUAUAGCAGAGAGAAAAGGGAAACAACCAUCUGAGACACGAACUUCCUUGGGUCAAAGUAGCAGAGACCAAGAAAUUCUUAAAGUCAUGGCUGGAGCUAUGUUAGAGAUGGUUGCUGCCUCAAAGUUGAGGACAAGGAUAACAACACAGAUUGAUGAAAGAUAUAGUAUAACUAAUUGCAUUAAAGCACUGGAUGAGAUGGAAACCAUUGAUGAACAGCUCUACUUUGCAGCAUUGGACCUCUUUGAUGACCCCAACUUAAGGGAAACCUUUAUAUCUUUGAAAGGUGAUAAAAUAAGAUUGACUUGGUUGCAAGGGAGGUGUGGUAAAAAUAUACGCAUGUAGUUUAAGCUAGGGGAUGGAGUUUGGGCGUUUGGAAGUGUGAAAAAAUCUUGAAAUAGUUUAGUUUCGGCAUAGCUAGCUUGUUCGUAUUGUGGCAUCAAAGAUUAAUGAUAUCUGGUGUUCAUGCACAACCAUGCAAUUUGGAAACUUCUAGUUGUGCCUUUAUAAACUAUGUAAGAUGUGAGUGUCCAACAAUGAAAAGGCCUUUGGACCA